AUGUCAGGUCAAUCAAGUUUAGCUUACCCAGAAAUGAGAGAACUUUUUGAGAGGAAUGAUAAAUGGGCAGAGGGAGUUCGUAAACGUGAUCCGGGGUUCUUUCCUAAACAUUAUCCAGGUCAAAGACCCGAGAUCCUCUGGAUAGGAUGCUCUGACGCUCGUGUACCCGAAACCACCAUUAUGGGAUGUCAACCUGGUGAUAUAUUUGUUCACCGUAAUAUCGCCAACCUUUACUCCCCUCAAGAUGAUUCGUUAAACGCAGUUAUGCUGAUUGCCUUACUGAAUUUCAAGGUCAAACAUAUAGUAGUCACUGGUCAUACCAAUUGUGUAGGAUGUCAAACAGCUUUAAACGUCUCUUUACUUCCCACGUCCAAAGCAGUUACACCUCUACAGCGAUACGUCGAACCCCUUGCUACCCUCUCAAGAACGUUAUUUGUCGAUAAACGACCACCAAGUUUGGAUUUGUUAGUUGAAGAAAAUGUUUUGCAACAGGUUAAGAAUCUAGCCGAGUGUGACGUUAUCAAGAAUGACUGGAAAAGAAGAGGUACGGAUGGUGUGAGGGUUCAUGGGUGGGUUUACCACCUCGAAGAUGGUACCAUCCGAGAUUUAAACUGUUCGAUCGGUCCGCCCGGACAUACUCCAGGGCAACGAAUGGUGAACAAUCAUUUCUAA